AUGUUAGCAGAGCGCCAGUCGCGCUCUUCUAACGUGAAAAUGAAUGAAGAGAGAGAAGGAAUAGGACGGUUUAGUCCCGCACCGCAUGAGCUGUCGUCGAAAACUUUCAAACGAACACCGACGGGCCUGGUGUUCACAGAAGAUCUAAAGAGAGUGUUCUCGAUUCUACUCAUAUGUUUGGACCUUAAAGAGCGGCCCAACGUGCCACAUAAGAAUCCGCUGUUUCCACCUUUUCACAAGUCAUAUCCUUUCUCAUUUGGGCUGAAGGAGGCAAUAUCUAAAAUGAGAGACUUGAUGCUUCAGGUGGACAUGACUACGACAAAAGUCUCGGUGUCAUACUCUAUUCAGCCGGAGUUAGCAAGAAGAAUGCUCAAAACGUUUAUGGAUGCCAAGCUUUUGCAUGUUCCAGCAGAUAGAACGCGUGCGGCGCUCAAAGAUGGUGUCGCUAUACAACCCACACCGAAGGGGGUGGCAGUCUUACAGCGUUACGUACGCCAUACAGGACUCAAAGACAUACCGUCUAUUUUAAAAUCGGAUCUCAACACGAUGGAGCUUUUCACCUUCGAACGAAGCUCGAUGACCGACGCAAUAAUACACAGUGACUACUUUGUUUCCCUAUUAUUUGCGAAAGUUAUGGGUCUCACGAAAAAUGUCUGGUCGCCAGAUAACUCUCCCGAUCAAGUUCCCACCCUGGCCAAUCUCUUGAAAUGCGCUGAUGACACUUUCAAUUUUGAAAAUGUCGAUUUUGCUUGGGGAGCCUGGGAUGGGAGCGGAAACGGACCCACUCCAACGCUCUCUCAUCCUGAUGCUUACUCGAUACCCAAAUCUCAAGACCAAAAUCGAAUCUCUCCUCUGACCCAUCGAUUUUUCACGAAUCCAGAUUCCACAUCUCACGCGCAGUACUAUACCUCCAGCAGUGGCCUAAGACUUUUUAAAGCAAAUAAUUUCGCAGACAGCCGAGUCUCGUACGACUGUGUUUUCUCCACUAAAGCUGUGUGGCAAUGGCUCAUGGACUGUACGGAUAUCAUGUAUCCCAAAGAAGCUGUGACAAUCUCGUCACUUUUUCUGAGAAACGGUCUUAUGAAACCCAUCACAUUAUCUCCAUCAGGCAGCUACCAGCAUAAGUUUUCAAUAGGCACCAACUGUUUCUUUACCUUGACGCAGCUUGGCUGGGAGAGUGUGCAAUGGAGCAGUGGGGGCAUUAUCAAGAACGAAGUUGUUGGUGCGGAUAUCAGGAACGUAAACAGCCCUCGCAGACUACAGGAUGAAGAAACCAAGCAAAAUUUGACAGACUCUGGAUCUGAUUCUGGUAGCGAUCACAAACCUGGCUAUUUUACCGAUUUAACUCACGUCUUGCGGGACCCUGGUAUGAGAUAUCUAUUCAGAAGGCAUCUUGAAAAGGAAUUCUGCGCUGAAAAUCUAGACGUAUACAUUGAAAUCAAAAAGUUCCUCAAACGUAUGACAGUUUUGAAAAACCUUUUGGAUACUAAGACCUCCAAAGAGCCAGACAACAUUGAGGUGAUGACAGCUAAACAUUUCAGUGACCUUGUGGUUAAUACCAUAAACCAUGCCCUUUUUAGGCAAGCCAACGAGUGCUUAGAAACCGCGUAUCAAAUAUACUCUUCCUUUAUCACUCCCGGUGCUCCAUACCAACUUAACAUUGAUCAUUCUCUAAGAGAAUCUAUAACGGAGGUUAUCCUACACCCUCAACCCUGCAUGUUCAUAUCGUGUCCUGACGAAAAUACCAUCACGGCAGAUUGCCUAAAUUGCGUUGAUCCUGGCGCAGAUAUGGUGAUCUCAAAUGAACAAAAUUCGCCUGCUGUGCGCCAGUCAGCGGACCAAACAAAUCAACUCAAGCAUAAUAACUCAGAAAUGGUUCGCAGAAGCCUAAUUUCGACAGUAAAUUCAGACGAAAUAGAGGGAGAGAGUUUUUCAAGCAUUUUGAAGACUUUGAGGCUUAUUUACCCCCUCUUCGAGAGGGUGGCUAGCUCGAUGUUUCAACUUAUGAAGAUUGACUCGCUUCCGAAGUUCAUCAACUCGGAACUCUACCAGGAGGCUGCGGUCAUGUUAAACUUUGAGGCGAAAAAUGAAUAG